AUUCAUAUCCUAUUCAAUUUAUUUAGCUUCCAUUUUGUGUUUAUUGUUAUUGAAUCAUAAAGUUUGCAUAGAAUCCUUGUACAAAGUCGUGAAAAAGUGCAUCGGAAUUUUUUUUUUGUGUUGCAAAUUUUCUCCAGUUGAAAAAUUUAAAAGAAACUAAUGAAGUAGGAGGAAAGAAAUGAUUUUAUUGACUCUCUGCAUUCUAUCUGUGGGUCUUAUAGGUUGUUGCAAUUGCUCGCAACUUCCAUUUGAGGCAUCGUCAUCAAUUAUUGGUGAUAAUGUCGUCAUUGUUUGUGUAUUGGCAGUUGUUGGAGCGAUUUCACUGCUCGGAGCAUGUGCGCUUUGUUUCCGACGGAAGAAAACAUUUGAAAAGCUUGAAAACGAGGCUGGCAAUUUAGAAAAUGCUAAAAAGAAUGAAUAUCCAAUUUUUCGAGCUCUAGCAACGGAAGCUGUAAACGAAUCAUCAGCGAUUGUUCCAUGUGAACGAAAUAAUCUUUCGCGUGAUAAUCUUUUGAAUUCAUCAGAUAAUCUUGCAAACAAUAAUGGAUGUUCACCACGUAGUGAUAUUGUUGACAGUAGCGACGUAGUUCUUAUUGAGAAAGCAUCAACUCCAUCCAAUCAUCGAGAUAAAGUUCUUGCAGCUACAGCACGAGAUACGAUCACCUAUGAGACUGAAAAGGAUAUCAAAAAGCAUCAAUCACCAUCGUCAUCAACACCAUUGCUUUAUGCAAACAAUGUUCAAUCUUAUCAACAUGCACCGACAACUGUUGAACAAAUGCAACAAAAAACGUCAUCAGUUUUAUUAACAACUGAAUCUCCAUAUAAAGAUUUUUACGAUGAAAAUCUAUCGAAGGAUAAUGAAGAGCUUGAAAUUGUUGUUGUUGAUGAUAAAAACCGCAAGGAACUCGAUAUCGCGCAAGAGGCUAAUGAGGAAUCGGGAAUCAACUCAAAUCCAUUUUUUAAUAGCGCGAAUGUCGAUACGAUAGUUGAAGGACAAAGUGUUGUAGCUAAAGGUAAUAAAAAAAUCUUUUAUUAUUUAAUUGCAAAGAAAAAAAAAAGAAAUCGAUACCAGCACGAGGUAAUAAAUAAUUUUAAAACUCUUUCAGAUGAUGGAUCAGAAGUUGAGAGCUCAGUCAAUGAUAAUAGUGAAAAAUAUCAAAUCCUCGAUGAAGAAACUGAUGGUGAGGAAGUAAAGUUAGAGCAUGAAGAUGAAAUGAAAUUAACAGAACGUAGAGACAGCAACUCGUCAAUUGCUGAUAAUAAUAGCAUUGAAGAAGCGUUGAGAGCACUUGAUAUUGCAAUAGGAUUGGAGGAUGACGAGGAUGAGGAAGAAUUUGAACAAGGAAAGAUUGAAGAAAUUAAAGAGGAAGCUAAAAUUUUGGUUGAUUCAGUUGUCGAAGAUUGCGAGAAGAUUUUAGAGAAGAAAACACUGCAAGAAUCAUCACCAAUUGAUAUUGAUAAUGAGUUUGAAGAGUUUAGCAGUUUAAAUGCGAAAUUUAUGAGCACACCAUGCGCUUCUUUACAAUUAAGAUCAUCAAAUGUUGAUUCUGGUAAAGUGAAGAAUCUUUUCCCAGAUGAUGUUGAUAUCAAUAAUGACACAUUUGACAUCACCCAAACUGGUAAUAAAACAUUUGAUAUGCAACCAAUCAACGAUAAAACUUUUGAUUCGCCAACGGUGAUAUCAGAAAUGCCAUCGAUUAAAAUCGACAAGGAUGAAACAGGUUCAGAAGAUCUCACAACAGUCACACCAGUCAAUACACCAAUUGAAUUGAGUUAUUCAAGUGAGACUUGGGAUAAAAUGACUUACAAUAAAGGAGCAAUUAGUAAAAAGUGUCAAGUUGAGUCAAGUAACAACAAGACAGUGACAUUAGAAGGUGAGAAUGAAACAAUAACGUUUAAUCAAGAUGGAUGGUAUUUGCAUCCACAAGCAAGGCCUGACGCUUUUAAUGUCGAUGAUGAGGAGGAUGAGGAGGGAAACAUGGAAGACAUGAGCUCAACAUAUGAUCAAUUGAGAAGACAAUUGAAGGAAAUGUUGCCACAUGCGCAAGGUAUGAGUCAACAUAACAACGACUUUCUCGACGAUGAUGAUGAUCUCAAUAAAGAUUCAAGUUCACCAAGUGAAAAUUAUGGAAUUAAAUAUGGUGAGCUUGAUGAAGCAUCGAACGCUGGAACGUUUGAUUUGCUCGGUGCUUUGUUGAAUUGUGAACCGACAACGUCCAAUGAGAUGCACAUCAAUUACAAGCGACCACUGUCACCAAUCAUGGAAGAGUCGGAAUGUGAUGAAACAUGUCGCACGUUUGUUUUCAACGAGACAAAACUUUUGGAUAGCACAAGCACGGGUAUCAUGGAAUCAGCAUCUGCUGAAGCACAAAUGGGUCAAAUACCGAAAGCUUUAAUGGCAUCGAACGACACAUUAUUUAAUUUCGAAGAUACGCUCAGUGAUCAGACUGAUAACUUGAUGAUGUCACCAAGAAUGCAAACAGCUGGAUCAUCAGCUUCAUCGACAUUGUCACGACAAGAAUCUCAUGAUAAGAUAAGUCUCGAACGAACACCAACGAAUGAAGAUCCGCCAAUGCAUUUUGCUGGAAAAUGUCAUGAACUUGAUCCGAUUGAUGUCAUGAAGAACAACAUACGACAACAUCCAUUAAAUCUCGAUUUAACAUCUCCAAUUCCUUCAACAUCCAAAUAUGAGAUUACUGUAGCGAAAUUAACGAUUGACGAUGGUUCAUGGCCAUUGGACUUACCUGAAGCUCAACAAAUUGUUAAUGAUUUAUCAUCGCCUGAUCAAAAUCGUGCUGAUUCAUUGUCUUUUGAACAAGACAUGACGUAUACAAUUGAUGAUCAGAAGACUUGCGUUUCACUUGUGUUGAAGAACGAUGAUGAACGAAUUUCAGAGAUUAGUGAGCCAAUUUUUGCAUCUGAAUCGCUAGAUUUAAUGGCAGAUGAUGAUGAUGAUGAUGAUAAUAAUAAAGUCAAUAGUCUUCAAAUGGAUGACAUUAUAUCGAUCGAAACUGAUGAUAAUUUGAAUUAUGAAAUAAAUGAUGAGAAUGGAAAUCAGGAUUGUGAUACCAAAGACAUGGAGAUGACGUUGAAUGUUCAAGAAAGUAGUUCAGUUGUGUUUGACAAUGAUUCAAUCAAUCCAGAAGGUGACGAAGUGUCAAAGAAGAAGGAAAUUGAAAUUGAUUCACUUGAAAUUGAAAAGGAAGAAGAAUUUAUAGAUGAAAUCGUUGCCGAUUCAAUUCCAGCUAGUCAUGCAUCAAAAAGCAUUAACAGCGUCGACUCCAUCAACACGACAACAUCGAACAAUUCAGAUAAAGUACAAAGUGAAAAGAGCUCAGAAUCGGAUGAUGCUGUGAUAGUUGCAACGCCCAUUCCAUCUGAUUCAUCAGAUGAUAGUGAAGGAAAUGAUAAGAAAAAAAUUCUAAAAGCGUUUGCUCGUUUGUGUUGUUGUGUAAAAAUCGUCGAAGAUUUAGGCUCGUCAACUGACAUCAGACAAGUGUCUUGUAAUCAAGGAAUGAUGACAACUUCUUUCACCAAAGAAUGGAGUGAUGAUGAUUCAAGUCAUUCAAGUGAAGAGUUUAUGUAUGUUAAAGGAAAUGUUGGAGGAUCCAAGACUAAACUUUAUAAUGACACUUCCAUGGAUAAACCAAAUGAAGAGAAUGAAGAGAAUAACGAUACUCAACAUACAUCAAACGAUAAGAGUUAUGACGACGUUGAAGAUGUUGAAGUUGUUGACAUCAAUUGGCAACAAACUAAGGAUUCUAUCGCAGCAACCCCGAAUUUCCAUGGAGAUGAACCACAGUUUUCAAAUGAAUCUGAAGAUGAAUCAUGUGAAGAAGGUGAAUUUAUUCCAUCAUCUUGGAAUCAAAGUCUUCAACCUAAAAGAUCAUCUUUGAAAAGUCCGGAAAAGGAGAAAGUCUUGGAAGAACCCAAAAAAUCAAGACGAGUAGCAUUUAAAAUUCAACGUUAUCAUUCUGUUUACGAAUAUCCUUGUGAAGUUGUUCAACUGUCACCAGCUUACAGUGAACCUCAACUCUGGUCUAACUACAUGGAUGAUUGUAGUGGAAACAUUGACUUCUUCACUUAUGCACAUCAACUUUCUGAUGUUGCUUCAAAUUUUCCACAACAAAUUGAUGGUUUUACUAUCACAAGUUCUUCACGUCCAUUUCAUAACAGUAAUCAAGUUCACUUACACAACACAUGGCCAAAUGACUCAACUGACUUCUCAUGGUCACAAAUUCAGGAUGUAACUGAUAAUGAAGACAGUUCAAAACAACAUCAUCAAUUCCCUUUGAAGAUUGAAUGGCCAAUACGAAGAAAUUUUGAUGAUGAAGAAUUUGAUGAGAGACCAGAUUCGGGUGUUGGUGAAUCGAGUGACGUGCUAACAGAUCCAUUAUCAAUGGGAGAACUUUGUCAUACAAAAGGUUUGUUAAGAUUACCAUUGGAACUUGUUAGCAGCACUAGUAGUGAAGUCAGCGAUUUUAUGUCCGAUCUUGGCACAACCAAAGAAGAAAAAGCUAUAAGUAUAGAAGUAACAAAUGACGAUGAAUCUCCGAAGCAACCAAAAAGUCUCUUGGACAUUGACGAAGAUACAAGUGAUAAAAUGAUCUUGCCAACACCCUCAUGUACGGGAUCCAUGGACUCAUUAAGCUCUAAUUCGGGAAGCUCAAAUUCUGAACGUGGACCUCCAAGCUUCACAACUUUCGGGAAGGAAAAUAUAACAAAGGAAGGUGAAGUUAGUGGACGAACGUCAAUUGUCUUCAUUGAAGAUGAAGUUCAAUUGCAAACGAAAGAGCAGAAGAUAAGCGAGGUUUUAGAAAAGACUUCUGAAAGUGACGACAAGUAUAUUUUGAGCAACAAACUUGUUUUGACGGUAGGAAGUUCCGAUGAAGAUUCUGGUUUCGAAAAUAUUCGCAUGGCGAUCAAAUAAACGUAUUCUCUCAAUAUUACAUAAGUAUAAAAAAUGCUGCACAAAUAAUGGAAGGAGUUUUCUACAGUUAUUUGUACGUACACAUGACAAAUAGUUUGCGUACGGAAUCAAGUGAUUGUUGUAGCAAAUUAAUAUAUUUCAAAAAGAUUUCAUAAAUGUCCUAUUCAGAAGUUUCGUACAAGUCAUUGAAGCACUUUUUUAUUCAUAACUACCCAGUAAGUUAUACUUUUUGUGAUAUAUUAGUUUAAAAGAUAUCUGAUUAGUUUUUGUCAAUCGAUUUAAUUGUCAUUAUCUACAUACAUCUUCCGCAUGAAUUUUUUACAAUGCAAAUUUUAGAUAAAUCGACCAAAACAUUUUCUUUUAGAUAUCUUAUCAUACACCAUAUAGGUACCUAUUAUCCUUAUUUAAUGAUUCAAGAAAGAGUACAUAAAAUAAGUUUAAGCAAUGCUGUAAAGAGAAUAUAAAUGAGUACAGAAAUUACGAGAAGAAAUUAAUUUUAAUCAGAUAAUUUGAUUUCUCCUUUUACAUGAAAUGAAUUUCUCAAGAGAAUUUAAAAUUUAUGUACACGCACUAAAUUUAUUAGCGAUGGCAUCUGAUAUUAUAAACUACUUACAAAAUUUGAGAUGUAAUUAGCAAUUCAAAUAAUAAAGUUUUGAGAAAG